AUGCGUCUCGCAAUGAGGCGUCACAUCCAAAGGCUUCGACCUGCAUCCUUCAGCACCACCAAUACGUCGUCUUCAACGUAUUCGUCCUCGCGCUUCCACCCUGCUGCAUACGCAGCAAUUGGAGGCUGUGCAGCCAUGGCAGCUGUAGCCGCCUAUAACGGUGUAUCACCCCACGAGUGGAUCAUUCGACAGCUCAUGGAUCCGCUCAUGCCUGUCCUUCGACUGUUUGACCCCGAGGUGUCGCACCAAAUUGCAGUGCAGUGUGCACGCCUUGGCCUGACGCCGAAAGAUCCGGCACUUGACCCGAAGCUGCUGCACGUCAAGGUGCUGGGCCUUGAGUUCACCAACCCGUUAGGGAUUGCUGCUGGCUUUGACAAGGACGGAGACGCCGUGCAAGGUCUCGUGGACAUGGGCUUUGGCGCCGUGGAGAUCGGCAGUGUCACGCCUGAGCCACAGCCGGGAAAUCCGAAACCUCGCGUCUUUCGCUUGUGCGAGGACCGGGGCGUGAUCAACCGCUACGGAUUUAAUAGCAAAGGCCUCGAGUACGUUGGUACUCGUCUGGCCACCUACACGAGCACCCGAGAAAAGGGCCAAGCAACUAGCAGAGACCAUCGUGCGGGUGUCCUUGGGGUCAAUCUAGGGAAGAACAAGGCGACAGAAGACGCAGCAGCUGACUAUGUGCUUGGAGUGCACGCUCUUGGUCAGUUCGCCGACUACUUGGUAGUUAAUGUCUCGUCGCCCAACACCCCGGGUCUCCGUGCGCUGCAAGGGAGAGAGCAGCUGAAACAACUCCUCGAACGAGUACUUGAAGCUCGAGACGAGGUCGCAGCUACAGCGAAGCGCGAGAUUCCGCUCCUCGUGAAGAUCGCACCGGACCUGACGGAAGCAGACAAGCAGGAUAUCGCGAAAGUCGCUCUAGACCUACAGCUGGAUGGUCUCGUGGUUUCCAACACAACGCUGAGUCGACCUGAGACCUUGAAAGCAGCUGCCAAGAGCGAGGCGGGCGGGUUGAGUGGCUCCCCUGUGCGUGAUUUGUCUACCAAGGUGCUAGGGGACAUGUACAAACUCACGAAGGGCCGAAUCCCGCUCAUUGGCGUUGGAGGUGUCUCCACUGGCCAGGACGCUUACGACAAGAUUCGGGCCGGAGCUUCGCUCGUGCAGAUGUACUCGUGUCUGAUCUACGACGGUCCUCUGGCUAUUCCACGUGCUAAGCAAGAGCUGGCUGCGUUGCUACGUCGUGACGGCUAUGAGAGUGUAGUCGAUGCUAUUGGCGCUGCCCACAAGUAG